AUGCCACCCUCGAAUUCGACCGGUCGACUCUUCGCAAUUUCGAAUCAUCUUGAAACGAAAGAAUCAAAGAUGUCGCAAGCUCAGUCACCGCAGCAGUUGCCAUGGGACCCCAAUUCCCUCAGGUUCCCUUCUCACGACGAGCUUCCGACAUUGCCUGAUGCCCCUCAAGGUGCGGCUUGGGUCUGGGGCAAGGAAGAUCAGCUUGGAAGACUGAAUCUUUUGACGCCAGAACGAGUCAAGGCGGCUGCUGCGGAGAUCAAGACUGGGCAUAUGGUUCGACUGGACCUUCCCCUGAAUGUACCCACGACGCCUGCGUUCGGUCGUGAAGUAUUCCAGCACAAAAUCAAAACGAACAUUGCAGAUAUGGGAUAUGACGAUACCUAUACCAUGAAUACACAGAGCAGUACCCAGUGGGAUGGCUUCAGACAUUUUUGCCAUGUCCCGACUAAGACCUUCUAUAAUGGGGCGAAAAGCUCCGAUUUCGUGGGCGAAAAUCCCAACCUUCGCUGUAGCAUUCAUCACUGGGCAGACCACGGUAUUGCUGGUCGAGGCGUGCUCUUGGACUAUUAUCACUAUGCGCAUACUCACAAUAAGCCAUACCACCCAUAUAAAGCACACGCGAUUUCUCUCGCUGAGAUCCAAGCCUGCGCCGCCACCCAAGGUCUUGAUAUUCGACCUGAAUCGCAAGGUGGCGAUAUCCGACCAGGAGAUGUGCUAUUCGUACGCUCCGGCUUCGUACAGGAGUAUUAUAAACUCAGCCCAGAUGAACGCCAUGCCGCAGCUACUCGCAAAAAAGUGGAAUUCGCAGGACUCUCGCGUGAAAAGCCCUUGCGGGACUGGUUACACGACUGCUAUUUUGCCGGGGGGGGGUUGAGUAUGCUGUCGCUUUGGGGUUGCCCAAUUGGUGAGAUGUGGGAUUUGGAGAAGCUGGCGGCUAAAUGCAGGGCGCUUGGUAAAUGGACCUUUUUUAUGACAAGUGCCCCUGCGAAUAUGCCUGGUGGUGUUGGGUCUCAUGCAAAUGCGACUGCUAUUCUGUAG